CAAUUAUCGAUGAAGUUAUCGAUACUACCAAGAGCUUUUAAAGCUGCAAUUGGAAACUUUUUCAGCAUCUUCUAUUUAAAGCUUAGAUGUUAUUCCUUCAGUCAGAAAAGCAAUUUUUAUGUAAUUUUUUUCUAUUGGUGUAGAUUUGAAUAUAUUAUUUAAUGAACCACCAAUUAAAAAGAGUUUUAACCGAAAUGCAGACACUACGUACCUGCAAAUUGGCGUAUAUACAAUGAGCUUUUACCACGUACAAUAUUAAAAAAACAGUUAUAUUGCACUAAUAUAAAAAAUGGAACCAAUAGAACCAUUAAUAGUUACACAAUCUGGGAGUAUAUCUCCCAAGCAAGGAGUUGAUUUUCAGAAAAAAAAUGAGGAGACAUUUUCUUCAACGUUUCGUAAUAACGAAGCUUGUUGUGGCUUUUUGGAUGUCGAAGGAAGUCGGUGUAAAGACGAUAAAUUAUAUCAAUUAAAAUGUGAAAACAACAAUGUAGAGUCGUCACUUGACAUUCCAAUUGCAGAAAAUUCUUCAAAAAAUGUUUCGAGAGAACUAAACCCUCACGAGGCCGGGUUCUCGAAAGAUAAACAAGUUAUAAAGGAAAUAUCGCAUGAAUUAAGGAUCACGGAUGAAAAUAUUCAAAAGGCUCAGAAUUUUAAAAAAUCGGAGUCUGUAGAGAAUUUUGAAAAAUGUUCCGAUAAAAAUUUAUAUAAAAAUCUAAGUGCAAGUCCUAUGGAAAGAAAUGCCUUUGAUAAACAAGCAAUGUUCAUUAAAUUUAAUUCUCUGGAAUUGUGCGCUGAUAAAGUAUUUAGUUUACAAGUACAUGAAAACUUUUGUAAUGAUAUCCAUAAACGCGUAGUCGAUUCCGAGUCGAAGAAGUCAAAUAAAAUAGAAAAGAGCUUGGGCUUGGAUUCUGAAAUCGCCGAAAGGUAUCCCUGCAAAGUUUCUAAUGGACCACUUCAACAUAAUACUGCAUCAAAACCUCAAAUCGUAUAUGAAAGUCGUCCUAUUUACCCCAAUGUGCCGUAUAGUCCUUAUAGUACUCCUUUCAGUAGUCCUCGAUCUAGUCGACGGAAACCAGCUUUUCGGGAGUCUAGAAGGAUAUCGAUAGAUCAAACUGGAAGUUUUCUUCAGCUAAACCAAUAUAGAUUAAUGGAACAAAUUGGACAGGGUUCCUACGGGCUCGUUAAAUUGGCUUAUUCCGAAGAAGACUCCACUCAUUAUGCAAUGAAAAUUCUUUCAAAAAAGCGCCUCCUACGACAAGCUGGUCUUAUGCGGCGAGGACCUCGAAAAGCAACAUCACCUCUAGAUCGAGUUUACAGAGAAAUAGCAGUUUUAAAAAAGCUCGAUCAUCCAAACGUCGUAAAGUUAGUAGAAGUGUUGGAUGAUCCACUUGAGGAUUCAUUGUAUAUGGUUUUUGAAUUGGUAAAGCAAGGUGAAGUUCUAAGGAUUCCAACAGACAAUCCCUUGUCUGAAAAAAGAGCUUGGAGUAUAUUUCGGGAGUCUUUACUUGGAUUGGAAUAUUUGCACCAUCAAAAAAUUAUCCAUGCCGAUAUAAAGCCUGGAAAUUUAUUAUUAACCGAAUUUGGACAUGUAAAAAUUGCGGAUCUUGGCGUAUGCAAUGAAUUCCUUGGAGAAGAUGCAACAAUAAGUAAUGGAUCAACGGCUGGAACUCCAGCAUUCAGGGCUCCCGAAACUCUUAUCCCUGGCCAGAACCAAUAUUGUGGAAGGGCGGCAGAUGUCUGGGCCUUAGGUGCAACUCUGUAUUCCUUGAUAUUCGGAAAUGUGCCGUUUUUAGCCGAUUCAGUACCCUUAUUGUACGAAAAAAUUAAACAAGAUUCUGUCAAAUUUCCAGAAAACCAUAAAGUAACUGAAAAUUUAAAAAGUUGCAUAAUUCAAAUGUUGGAAAAAAAUGCGACGCACAGAAUUACGGUUCCCCAGUUAAAGACUAAUAAAUGGGUAACUUCUGAUGGGGACUAUCCCUUGCCUACCGAAGAAGAAAAUUGUUGUUUGGUGCAAGUAGACGACGAAGAUAUGAACUCCGUCGUACGCAGCAUACCUAAAUUAGACACGCUUAUAUUAAUAAAAACGAUGUUAAAAAAGCAUUCAUUUGGCAAUCCGUUUGUAAAAGGAUGUUCUGGAAAAUCACAAACACUUUCGGGCUGCUCGAGGAUAGAAAAGUUUAUCCGCGCAGGUCGAUCUAAUUCAGCACCUGGUUCAUAUCACAUAUCAACAGCCAGACAGCCUUCGUCAGAUACUCUCCUGCCAUCACUAAAGGAACAUUGCUCUGCUCAAUGUAAUGAAGGCAGUCAUAGUUUUGAUUAUUAGAAACCGAAUUUGACACUUUCCAAAAGCUUAAUACUUAUAUAUACAAAAUAUUUAUUUUUUAAAUAUUUUAUUAUUAGUGAUUUAAUUUAAGUAUAUAUUUCCUUGUGAUAAAUGAAUGUAGAAUAUUGUUAUGACGUUUCUGGCAAAAUAGGGAAUUGGCUUUGUCUUUUUUAGACCUGUUUAUAUAGGUUUUCAAGACCUAACAAUGAAUGGCCACUUGCUAUCAAUUUAAA